AUGUUAGCCGCAUGCGCCAUUUAUUGGACACAGAACGACGAAUCUCUCCUCUCUGACAAUAUACUAACGAAAUUAAAUAGGGAAUUGGUUUUACAAAGAGUUGGAGGGAUGGGGUGUUUUGGGAGUAAAGAUAAACUGUCCAAGGAGGACAUGGACUUCCUGAAAACCCGGACCCGGUAUGACGAAGCCACCAUCAAAGAAUGCAUGUUCGCUAAUCCUUUGGGUCCCAAGAAGUUGGUGAUCUUCAAUACUCCAGGCGUGGCUCGAUCCUUUCUCAUCCUACAAAUGCGACAAAAUCUUCUGAGCUUCUUAUUUCGUAGAGUACUCUUCAGAUCGAUGGCUUACGCUUCUUCUCAUGUCCUUUCAUUCCUCGGCAGGACUCUUCUUUCCUCUUAG